GCAGCCGCCCGAGGGGCGGACGAUGGGCGGUUGGCGGCGGCGCUGCGUCGCGUGGAAGAGCUCGAGGCCCGUUGCGCGGAGCUCGAGGCCGCGGUGCCCGAGCUCGUGGAGCGGCUGGCGGUGGUGGCGCCCAUCUUGGAGGCGGACCUCGGGGAGGUGGCGGCGCCGCCGAUCGCGGUGAGCAGGCGGAACGCGGCGUGCCACAACCCGUCCCUGCCCGCCGCCGUGGCGCGGGGCAUGACGCAGCGCUCGCUCAAUCGCGUGCAGCGGGAGGCGGAGCAGGCGGGGAGGCGCGACAGCUCGCGCGACACCGUGGACGCGGCGGUCGAGGCCGCUAGCGCUGACCCCAGGGGGCGCGAUCGGAUCCCUGGGGGUUUGGGGACGUUCCCCAUCGGGGCUGACGCGGCGGUCGAUGCUGCUGGCGCCGACCCCAGGGGGCGCGCUCGGAGCCCUGGGGGCUUGCGGACGUUUCCCAUCCGCACUGCUAUCGUGGGGGAGGAUGUGCAGGAGGAUGGGGGGGGCAAUGCCGUCGAGGAGGAUGCCGAGGACGACUGCGACGUCGAGCAGGAGGAUGGGGCGCGCCAGCCCCAGGCCUUCUUCAUCGGUGACGGCGUGGAGAACGACGGCGACGUCGUGGAGGACGUGGCCGACCGCAAGGACGGCUCGCUCGCCCAUGCUGCGCGGCGCCGCCAGCGCGUGCUGCAGAGGCAGGUGGGGGAGAGCCAGUGCGCGGUCGCCGACGACCGCGACGCGAGGAGGCCAGGCUGGCAGGCAGCGGAUGCCCUAGCGGGCUCAGCCAGCCCACCCUCGGCGGACGAGCAGCGUGCUGGACUGGCAUGGCUCCGCGAGGGCCUCGAGGCCAGUCUGGCCGAAGGCUGUGGGCCUCGCAGGCUCGCGGUGCUCAGGGACCGCGUCGGCGAGGCGGCGAUCAUCGACCUACGUGGGCAGGUCGCGUCGUUCGUGGCCGACCGCAGGCAGGAGCUGAAG